UUCUUUGAAAAUGCAUUUUUCAAUAGUAGAAAAAAAAUAAUGUACAUGUUUAGCGUACGUUAUUAUAUAUCUAUACAUAUCCCAUCAUACAGAAAAAAGACAUCUUCUUUAUCAAGAAAAGAAGCAAUAAAAAUAGAUUUCGUGCAAAGUGAGAUGAUAACAAUGGGAAUGCCAGAUUCAUAUUGUGUAAUUUGUAAUAUAAAUAUUGAUGUGUCUUCCUGUGUAAAUAUUUUUUAUACGUCUCUUCCUCACAACGGUGAAUUAUUAGCAAGCUUUGCGUUACGUGAACUCAGACCAACAACUUCUAAUUUACAUAGCUCCUAUAUCUGUCCUCGCUGUUAUAAAUUAUUUCAAAUGUUAGAACAAGCGCAAUGGACUGUUACAAAUAUUCGUUGUGAGAUUUUAAAAGUUUAUCAGUCUGGUGAGAAGAAAAAAUUUGUUAGACGCAUGUUAACAAAUAGUACUGAUUAUCUUUUACACAAUACUCAAAUUUUGGAUGGUAUUCAAACAACUAAACGAGAUAUAGAUCAGACAAUAAAUGGUUUGAAAAAUAUUACAGAUAUAACUUCUACUUCAUUCAUGCAAGAUGUUUCACUUGAACAAAUUUCACAGACAUUUAAUGGAAAUAUGACCACUAAUAACAUUAAAGAUAUUGAACUGAUAGAUACAAAAGAUAUUUUUAAAGAAGAAACAGAAAUUGAUAGCAAAGAUUUGGAUAAUAUACAUUCAAAUAUUAAAACCAAUAAUAAUUGUAAUGUGGAAUAUAAAAAUAGUAACAAUGUAAAUAAAAAUAUAAAGACUGAAAUACAUAAUAAAACUAUAGAUUUAAAUGUAAAAAUCUUAGAAAAUGAUUUUCAUAAGUCUAUUUUAACUAAUGAUUGUAUAGAAGAAAGCAAUAUCACAGAACAAGAAAUAUCUUAUAAUCAAUGUAAAUUCUGUACCGAAUCAUUUAAGACAAAUGAUGAAUUAAAUGUACAUUUAUUGAAACAUAAUGAUAUACAAUUAUAUCAGUGUUCUAAAUGUAAGGAAGUAUUUACUGAUAUUUCACUUGCAAAUACACAUGCUUCAAAAGCACAUGUUGAAGAUCAAGAUUGUGUUAACAUUUUACCAGUCUCAUAUAAAAAUGAAAUAGGACACUUCCUCAAUGAUGUCUCCCUUUUUCCACAAGAUAAUGUAGAGACAUUAAAAUCAAAUACUUUUGAACAUACAGAGAUCGAUAAUAAUAGAUCAGAAAUAAAAGAUAAUUCAUCAUGUAUUACAGAAAAAAAAUUUGCUGAAAGUAAUGAAAUUAAUUCCAUGGAUGAGAAAACCAAAAUCAAUUUAAAUUCUGCCUCUUGGAAAUCGGGAAGAAUAUCAAAAUAUAGUUUAAAACCAUUAAAAUAUACAUGUCCUACGUGUAAUAAAAAGUGGAGAACAUCUGCAGAAUUAAAGACACAUAUUAAAUCUCAUUCAAAUAUAAGACCAUAUAUGUGUGAAAAAUGUGGUCAAGCUUAUAAACACAAACAUGCUUUAGAAAUACAUAUUGGUAUGCACAAUGGAAUAAAUCCAUUUCAAUGUAGCUUUUGUAAAAAAUGUUUUACUCAAAAAGGCGCAUUAAUGAGACAUUUACCAAUGCAUACCGGGGAAACACCAUAUCAAUGUGAAUUAUGUGGUAAAAGAUUUGUACAUCAUACAUCAUACAACAUGCAUGCUUUAUCCCAUACUGGAAAAAAAUCUUAUCAAUGUCAUGUAUGCGAUUUAUCACUGCUUUCUACAUCACAUUUAAAAAGACACAUGAGAGUACAUACAGGUGAAAAACCAUAUAGUUGCAUGUUAUGUGGAAAACGUUUUGCAGAGCGAUAUAAUUUACUAGCUCACCAAAAAAUACAUAAUACAUCAGAGGCAUCAGCAAAAGAUAUUGAAAAAUUACAAAACAUGUGCAAUCAGUGUAACUCAUUAUAUCAGAAAGGGCACAUAUGUAAUGAGCAUACAAAACAACAAUGCAAUUCAAAUAACAAUAUUACAACCACAGAAAAAGUAAGUAAUUAUAAUUGUAGUCUACAAUCCUUUGAACAAUCAAAACUUUAUAAAUUACAUAAUAAAAAUCAACAGCAGAAUUUAAAGAGUAUUAAUUCUGAUAAUAGUAAAACUUGGGUAGAAAUAAAUCAAUCAAAGUUAAAUUCCACUAAUAAUGAAACAGAAUUCUUAUUAUUACAAGAUUCUUCAUCACAAGGUGACACAACUCCUGUAACUAUUACAUUUAAUGAUCAUAAAAUGUCUGUAGGAAAUAAAAAUUAUAAUACAAGUUUAAAAAUCAUAAUAGAAUCUUCUAAUGUCUCCAUUCCAAUUAAUAAUCAAGUUAUAAUAGAUGACACGCAUAUAUAAUUCAUGGUUAUAUUCAUGGUUAUAUAAUGUUGAGAUUUGAAUUUUACGUUU